UGGUGGGAGCGAACCGGGAUGCAGCUGCUGCCAAGGGAGACAGGGAGUACCUGCAUCCAAUCCUCACAUCAGCACCUUUAAAACCACCAGGCUUCCCCCCCCCACCCCCCCCACCACCACCACCACCCCCGAUACGUCUGCUUAUGAUGCGCUGAACUGCUUCUCUUUUUUUUUUUUUUUUUUUGUUCUUCUUCUAAACAUCCAUUUGAAACGAAGGGGGCACCCAAUGGAUGCUGUGGCAAACCGUGUAGUCCCGCUCGGUAUCUUCGUACUGUGUUUGAUUUAGCCUCCAACCACAGAGACACCUUGAUGAAACAGCAGGAACUACGAGGAUUUGUUGUUGCAAUGGAGUCGACUCUCUCACGGCUCAAACCCCGUCUGUAAACCUGCAACAUCUUUUUUUUUUUUCAUGGCGUUUCGCAGGUUGCUCUGUUCAGUGGGCUUCUCCACGUUUCGUUUCUGAAUUAUUUUUUUUUUGUUGUUGUUUUUUUUUGUUAUUUUAAAUUUGAAUUCUUUUUUUUUUUUUUUUAAGUGCAAAGGGGGAAAUAACGACCACUGCUCGCAAAACUAUGAACGAGGAGAUGACAAAAAGCGAGGAGCAGCAUCUUAGUUUGCAGAAAGCCUUGCAGCAGUGCGAGUUGGUGCAAAAUAUGAUAGACAUAAGCAUUUCUAGUUUGGAGGGUUUACGGACCAAAUGUGCCACAUCCAACGACUUGACACAAAAAGAGAUACGAACGCUGGAGGGGAAGUUGGUGAAGUACUUCAGCCGCCAGCUGUCCUGUAAGUGCAAAGUGGCCUUAGAGGAGCGCAGCGUCGAGCUGGAGGACUUCCCUCGCCUCGGCCACUGGUUCCGCAUCGUCAACCUGAGGAAGGAGGUCACACAGGAGAUGAGCCCAGGCGAGGUGACCCUGGAGGGCCUGCUGGAGAAGAGCGAGGAGCAGGUGUGUGAGCUGCUGCAGAAGUUUGGUGCCAACGAAGAGGAGUGCGCCCGACUCAACGCCUCCCUCUCCUGCCUCGGAAAGGCCCACCAGCUCGAACAACUUGAGGAGGAUAAAUUGCACAGUAAUGGAGGGAGCCAGGCGAAGCAGGACUGGUCCAUCCAGUGGCCCACCUCUGAAUCAGGCAAAGAAAACACUCCGGUGUGCCAGCCAGAGGUCAGUCAGUGGAUCCGGUACCAGCUCUCCCAGAGCCCCAAAGUCCAGUCCAAGUACAACCAGCACAUGUGCCACAGCCCCCAGGCCCUGGCUCCCCCUUUGUAUGCCGAUCGACUGACCGUCGACAGCCCAGCCACAGGGCUCUUCCCUCCCUUGGACUUUGGUCAUCGCUCCCUGCCCCCGUCGCCCCGCCAGAGACAUUUUGGCCACACACCUCCUCGGACUCCCUUGGUGGUCAACACCAUGACCCCACCUGGCACUCCCCCAAUGAGGCGAAGGAACAAAGUGAAGGCCCCGGGCACGCCUCCUCCGCCGAGCCGCAAGCUCAUCCAUCUGCUGCCGGGCUUCACCGCACUGCACCGCAGCAAAUCCCACGAGUUCCAGCUGGGGAACCGCUUGGAUGACGCACAGACACCAAAAGCCAAGAAGAAGACCAAGCCCUUGAACCUUAAGAUCCACAGCAGCGUGGGCAGCUGUGAGAAUCUGCCCACGCAACGUUCGCCCCUCCACUCCGAGCGAUCUCUGCGAUCCUUCUUCUUCCCUACCUUCAUCCCUUCCACACCUCCUGUCCAUGCUGAAACACCUUCUGCAAACACUCUCUCAGUGCCUCGCUGGUCCCCACAGAUUCCCCGAAGAGAUCUGGGAAACUCAAUAAAACACAGGUUUUCCACAAAGUAUUGGAUGUCCCAGACAUGCACAGUAUGUGGAAAGGGAAUGUUGUUUGGACUGAAAUGUAAAAACUGCAAGCUGAAGUGCCACAACAAAUGCACCAAAGAAGCCCCACCUUGCCAUCUAUUGAUCAUACAGCGAGGCGGACGAGAAUCCCUUAAAGAUCCCCAAGGAACAACUCAAGUAGCUCGUCUGGUGCGGACCGAAUCAGUGCCAUGUGACAUCAACAACCCGCUCAGGUACACAGACCUGCACAUCAGUCAGACGCUCCCCAAAACCAACAAAAUCAACAAGGAUCACGUCGCAGCCCCGUACCAACCAGACUCCAGCAGUAAUCCCUCAUCCACCACCUCCUCCACCCCGUCCUCCCCGGCUCCUCCUCUGCCCAGCAGUGCCACGCCCCCCUCGCCCCUACAUCCCUCCCCGCAGUCAGCGCGGCAACAGAAACAGUUCAACUUGACAGCCUCCAGUUAUUUCAAAUACAAACAACAGUUCAUCUUUCCUGAUGUUGCUCCAGAGGCUCCUCCAAGCCGAGCACCGCAGGUCAUCCUGCACCCUGUCCUGUCUGAACCGGGGAAUGAGGUCAACCCGUUACUUCAAAUCGAAGUUGAUCCCACAUCAGAUAACGAGGAGGGCAACAACGAGGACUCUGGUGACGAGUUCGAGGAGAUGAACCUGUCGCUGCUGUCGGCUCGAAACUUUCCUCGCAAGGCCAGCCAGACCAGCAUCUUCCUGCAGGAGUGGGACAUCCCGUUUGAGCAGCUGGAGAUCGGGGAGAUGAUCGGCAAGGGGCGCUUUGGCAAAGUUUUCCACGGCCGCUGGCACGGUGAGGUGGCCAUCCGCUUGAUCGACAUCGAGCGCGACAACGAGGACCAGCUCAAGGCCUUCAAGCGUGAGGUGAUGGCCUACCGCAACACUCGCCAUGAGAAUGUGGUGCUGUUCAUGGGGGCCUGCAUGAGCCCUCCACACCUGGCGAUCAUCACCAGCUUGUGCAAAGGCAGGACUCUUUAUUCUGUGGUGCGGGAUGCCAAGGUCGUCCUGGAUGUUAACAAGACCAGACAGAUCGCACAAGAGAUGGUCAAGGGGAUGGGCUACCUCCAUGCUAAGGGGAUUUUACACAAAGACAUGAAGUCCAAGAACGUGUUUUAUGACAAUGGAAAAAUCGUCAUCACCGACUUUGGACUCUUCACCAUAUCUGGGGUUCUGCAGGCUGGCAGCCGGAGAGAAGACAAACUGAGGAUCCCCAACGGCUGGCUGUGUCACCUGGCCCCAGAAAUAAUCCAGCAGCUCUCUCCAGACACCGAGGAGGACAAGCUGCCCUUCUCCAAACAGUCAGAUGUCUUUGCUUUUGGCACCAUCUGGUACGAGUUACACGCACGUGAGUGGCCUUACAAGAGUCAGCCAGCAGAGGUGAUCAUAUGGCAGAUUGGCAGCGGGAUGAAGCCCAACCUCGCCCAAACUGGCAUGGGGAAGGAGAUAUCAGACAUUCUGCUUCUGUGCUGGGCGUACAAGCAGGAAGAGCGGCCCAGCUUCUCCAAGCUGGUCGAUUUACUGGAAAAGUUGCCAAAACGGAAUCGUCGCCUUUCCCACCCAGGGCACUUCUGGAAGUCAGCUGAGUAUGUCAAAUGAGUUAGGGACACAACAACAGCAAACAAUCAGCAACUUUAGAAAGAAAAAAAAUUAAAAAAUAAACAGCCGCCAUAAAUCUACAUAAAUAACCCACCUCCUUAAAGAAUGCACUGAAUCCAAAAGCCAGCCCAGUGAUGAAAACUGCCCGCGCUGUGUGUAUUUUCAUGGAUUGUUGGCAUGUGUGUGUACAGAUAAGUUGACUGUCCAGCUUCUCGAAGCAGUCGGGACUCAUAUUUUCUUUGGUUUGAUUUAAACCAUACUGGAUAUUUUUCCUUUAUCUUUGUUUUUUGUCUUUUACUAUUGACUCGAUCCCUUCAUAAUAUUUGAUUUAUUUCCUGGAUGUAUCUUGCUUGUAACUUUUGACUGAUCACAUCAUUCUGGACUUUAAAAAAAAACAACAUAUGUUUGAGAACAAGUGUAGAUUUGUUUCCCCCCCUCAUGUCUUAUUCUUUUUUGUUUUGAAUGAAUGUCACUGUUGUACAUCGCACAUUGUAUAUUUUCAUAGCAUUGUCUUGCCAUUCCUUAUGUCUGUCAACUGUGUAGACCAUUUUGUCAGUGUUACCUCAUGGUCUCUCAUCUGUGGAUGUCUGUACAAAAGCUUUAUUUAACUUUAAGAAAAAUGUCCUCUUAUUUACACCGUACCAUUUGAAUGUGAAGAAGCCAGCGUCCCUGUUUGUGUGGGGAUGUGUUGGCACCGUUCUUUGAUGGGAGAAUGUUCUCUGAUCAGCCUGUGCUUUGAAUAUUGCCUGUGAACAUAAGUGGGACGUUUGAACAAUAACCUUUGGUGGGGGGGGGGGGUUGCCGCUGGUCAGACCAGGACUCCCUCACACUUGAAGCUGUUCUGUGAAAUCGCUGACACUUGAAAUGUAUAUCGUCAACUGUUGGAGAACUAAUUACCCUUCAGAAAUGCUGUCACUGAGCCCCCAUUUACCAGAAUUAAAUGUAGAAUAUUUUAUUUAAAUAGCUAACAAUAGAUACAGAAUAUAACGGAGACAGAUACAAAUCUAAAGCUUGCAACUGUAUAGUCAGUAAUUUCAGUUGUUUUAUUCAAUCCACAUAUGAACUGCCAUGUUAGCUUUUUUGAGAAGUGUGUGAUGCUGUUUUAUAAAAUAGUUUGGAAACCUAAAUGGAUCAAUGUCCUGUUGCUAAUGGGCCUGGGUCUGAGGACAGGAGUGAUUUGGAUGCACACAGGAAAAUGAUGCGACUGUUAGACGCGUAAAGGGAAAGCACACAACCUUUAAAGAGGCAACACAAAAGCUCUGAGAAGUCAAAGUAUAGAGUUUAUAACUCGUUAAAAUGUGUUCGGAGUUGCUAAAAAGCAGUGUUGUAGUCACUUUGAUUUUAAAUUCCUCUUGUCUCAACUUGACAUUUUUUUCAAAAAAAUCAUUUAUUUUCCUUUACUUUCAUUCUGUGCAUUUUUGGGAAUUGGUAAACUCAUAAACAACACAUUACGAGUUAGACUUGGACCUUUUUAAAUACAGCAUGCCAGAAAUGUAUAAACUCUUCCAAAUCAAUCUCUUCCAACCAUUGGUAAAUUACUUCAAUUGAUAAUUUCAAUAUAUUUGUUAGUUAAUAUGUUAAUUUCCCAGCUGUUUAAAGGUGUCGUCUGACUGAAUGCAAAGUGAAUUUUAGAGGCAGCUUGAGAGCCAAUUGGAAGGACGGAAUAGGAUGCAAACAGAUGCAAACAGAUGCUGGAUUCACUCAAGAUGGAGCUAAUUCAAUCAAGACUAUGUCACUAACAUGUGACAGUUCUGACAUAAUGCUGAAGGUAGAACUACUCCAACUACCACUCUGUUUAACAUUUCGCUAAAAUGCUAAGCUAUUGUUAGAGAUGGGGAAGAAGUCAGUGAAUUGGCUCAGGGAUGUCAGUUACACAGCAAUAUUUAUCUAAAGUUUGCUACUAUUAGCCGCCGAAAGUAAGUAAGAAUACAAAUUUGUAUUCGUGGAAGAUUCUGUUAAUACACACACACACACACACACACACACACACACACAAUCUACGCAUGUUGUUAGCUAGCUAAAGCUGUAUACGAAAGAAGUGCGGCGAAAAAACGCGUUUUGUUGAGUCUGAACAGACAAAAACAGACCAUGUCAUGCAGGGGAUGACAAUAAGUAAUUUCCUGUCACAUGGGUAAUCAAAGGGAAAUUGAAUUCACUGUUUAUGGAGGUUGUACAGGCCCCCUGUGAAACGUUGUAACAUUUUUACGUAUUAUUUGAACAAAAACAGACUUUAUCUAGUUUCUGCAUUAACUAGGCCAGUCCUUUUUUGCAUUUCCCCCUUUAUUUGACAGAGGAACGUGUAUAAAUGUGGGAGAGAUGGUUAUUGUGUGCUGUAACCAUCCGCUAGCAAGGCGCUCCAUAUAGGCUACUUUUGACUACAACACUGCUGAAAAAUAGUGACUGUGGAAGACGAAAUUUAAAAACUUUUCUUUCUUUUUUUUAAGUAACAAGUAAGUAACUAAAAUCUGGCUGAACUUCCCUUUAACAUAUCAGAAAAGACAUAUCAGGAUGCUGAAGACUACCCCGGGCCAUUUUUCUACUUCAUACUGUAUAUCACAAUAUAUUUUAAUCGUGUGUUUUAGAGAUAUAGCAAAUCAGAGUCGUAUCAUCAUGAAUUGGAAGCUGUGGCGUCAUUCGAGCUGUAUACUGCUUUUGAUUCUCUCUAGCCACGUGGACUAGAUAGAGACAAUCCAAUCACGUUAAAUAGCCAUUUUCCACCUCAUUAUAUACACAUCUGCCAGUGUUGGAAAAUGCAUACAAACAAUCUGCUGCUGUUUUUUGGAGUCUGUCUGUCUAUUUUGGAAUUGCUGGGAUUCAAAUAUUGUAAGUGGGUCAUUUAUAUUUGUACUGUUUAUAACUUUCAAGUGCAUGAGAUGGACUAUCGAAGAUUGAUUCUUGUUAUGAAAAAAAUAAUCCUUCUACACUAUAUAUAUAAAUAUAUAUAUAAAUAUAUAUAUAUUACAAAAAAGUUAUGUGAGCAUUUUUCUGAUGAACUGUUGUCUAUUGAGCAGUUUGAUCUCAAUACCUAAUGAAGUUUUACGUCAGGCUUUGCAGAACUUUUCAACAGCUUUGUUUGAGAGAAUGAUUGUUUCGAGAUAUUUAUAGAUCAUAUAAGUGAUUAGACUAGCAUCUAAAUAAAAAAAUAAAAAGAGUUGCGACCUGUGCACAUGCUAGAGUUGACAACAACCUGACUGGACAACAAUCAAAGAUCUAACAUUAGUGCCAAGUGUACAUACAACAGAUUGUAGACUAUGUUUUAUCGUCACUUGCCAUAAUAUCAAUAUUCCUUGUGAAUUUUUUGACUUCCUUUUUUUUGAAUGUACAAAUUGUGUUGUGUUUUUUUUGUUGUUUCUGUUUUCUGUUCAUUUGAAUUUAUUUUCCUCCAUUUCCUUCUAAUUGCAUAAGCAUUGAUGCCAUGUUGUUUCUUUUCCUUGAUUCCGUCCUUGUAUUGUAGAUGAUAGCUCCAAAAAGCUUGUAUUUAAUGAUGCCUUAUGGUCCAUGGCUUAGUGAUGAGUAGGUUUUGAUCACAAGCUCUUUUAUUUGCACUCAUCCUUUACAAAGUGUAUAACAAUAAAAAGAUGUUUUCAUUUUG